GGUGACUGAUGAAAUUCUGCUUGCAAUUUCUUCACCUUUAAAUAAUAACACGCAUUAUUUCGAAAAUGACCUCUAAUCUGAUUCUAGCUGGACUUGGUAUAGCAGCAGUGGGUUUUGGAGGCAGAUAUCUAACCAGACAUGCAAAGACUGUAACACAGACUCUAAAGAAACAGAUGGAUGCAUCUGGGGCCUUGAGCAAGUACUAUAAAGGGGGAUUUGAUGCAAAAAUGUCUAAAAGAGAAGCUGGUUUAGUUUUAGGAGUAAGUCCAUCAGCAAGUAAAGUCAAGGUGAAAGAUGCACACAAAAGAAUAAUGUUAUUAAAUCAUCCAGACAGAGGUGGUUCACCAUAUAUUGCAUCAAAGAUUAAUGAAGCAAAGGACUAUUUUGACAGUAACAAAGCAUAGAGACCAUGUGAUCUUUUCAGUACCACAGUCUUUCAAUAAAUAAGCAUUUAUUGCUAUCAAAAGAUAUAGACAGACAGGCCAAGAAAACAACAAAUUUGAUGGUCUAUAUUGUUGUCAUGAACAUGUGUCAUUGCAUCAGUCAUCCAGCAUUGUUGUCAGGAAAUCUGUGUGAUAAUAAAACAUUUUACAUUAAA